CGAAGCAAAGAGCGUUUGUCCCUUUGCAUCAGCACUCUCAGAGGCUUAAAACCAGAGAAGCGAGAAUGCUUGAAAGACAAGGGGAUAAAGUUCCAUUUCCUCCCGUAAAAUUGUGUGGAAAUUAGCGAGUCUUUAGAGACUAAAGCGACUGAAUAAGAAGGGAGGGUUUUGUGGAUGGAGUAUAUCUUUGUAGCGAGGAGAGGAAAGCAUUGUCCUCAGUGGAGUAUGGCACAACGCGAGCCUUCUUUGCAUGGAAAGGAAGCGUCAACUUUAUAUACGUUUCAGCGUGAAGCGUUUUCACUUCGUUAAUGUGGAUUGGACGCGCCCUUGCUAGCGAAAAAGCAAGACAGAAGUGACCAGCAAGGACCGGGACAACACUCGUCUUCAGGUCGCGCAACGUGUACGCGAAAGUACUUUGCAGAUGUUAGAUAAUAACGGUAAUCUUUAUAUAUAUAUAUUUGUAUAGAGAGAGAGAGAGACAGAGACCAUUUGAAUCCAGCAUGCACAACUGUUUGAGGGAUUGAUGUGUAUGAGUGAUUUGUUGUUCUGACUGCGCGAUGGCCCUCAGGUCCAGAAGACCUUUGGUGAGCGUCAUCGUUGGGGUUUUUCUUGGCUUCACAGCCGCAUCGUGGCUGGUUGUGCCCAGAGUUGUGAAGAUCAGUGUGAAGAACAGAAGGUCUUCAGUGUGUACAUACUACAGUAGCGACAGGGCUCAGGCUAAAGUUUCAGGCACCGCCCACAGUACCUCAUCUACCAUUGGCAGACAGAAGCAUCUGCAGCCACUCUUCUCCAGCCAGGAAGGCAGUGAUGAAGGUGAACAGGAGCCUUAUGGGACAGGGAACAGUAGUGGUCCUGUACCUCCUGCUAGAUUCUUGUAUGUGGGGGUCAUGACAGCUCAGAAGUAUCUGGCCUCCAGGGCUGUGGCUGCCUACAGGACAUGGGCCUCCAACAUCCCUGGGCGGGUUGAGUUCUUCUCCAGUGAGGGCUCUGAGAAGGUCUCCCUGCCAAUUCCAAUGCCUGUCAUUCCUCUGGCAGGUGUCGAUGAUUCAUACCCUCCGCAGAAGAAAUCUUUCAUGAUGCUGAAGUACAUGCAUGACCAUUAUUUGGAUAAAUACGAGUGGUUUAUGCGGGCUGAUGAUGAUGUCUACAUUAGAGGUGAGAAGUUGGAAUUGUUUCUUCGCUCACUCAACAGCAGUAAACCGCUGUAUCUGGGUCAGACAGGUCUUGGUACUAGAGAGGAGCUGGGUAAAUUGGCCCUGGAGCCUGGAGAGAACUUCUGUAUGGGUGGUCCAGGGAUGAUUUUUAGCCGAGAAGUUCUCCGCAGGAUGGUGCCACACAUCGGCUCCUGUCUGAAAGAGAUGUACACUACUCAUGAAGAUGUGGAGAUAGGACGGUGCGUCAGGCGUUUUGGAGGGACCCAGUGCGUCUGGUCAUAUGAGGUAAUGCCGGUUAAUGUCCCCCUGUGGCAUUUUGGUUGAAUGGGUUGAAGUGCACACUCUCAGAGGUUCAGGGUUUUUUUUUACCUCUUAUUAUAUUCAGCUGUUUUGCUUCAAAUAAUAAUAAUAAAAAAACAUUAUUACAUUAUAUUUCUUGCACCAUUACAUUUUAGGCACAAAUAUGUGCUGGUCAGGAUCAUGUUUGUUGUUCAGUGUUUAAAUUUCAUGUGACUAGAUAUCUUUUCUAAAUCAGUUGUCAAAUUAAUGUCUUCCAUCGGUCAUUUUAGUUGACACAGUAUGUACACUUAGUUCUGUGCUGCUGUGC